UCGUAACAACGACCCACCGAGGACUGACAGCAACAACAACAACAACGCGGGCGAUCCGCACAGAAGGCAGCACCACGAUGCCCGCUUGCCACUUGCUUCGUAGCUGGAAGAGGCACUGGCGAUGAGCAUUGCAGUGCUGACGCCGAAUCCGCUGCCGCCUGGCUCCAGGACGGCACGCCCAAGCCCGCUCGGUGACGAUCGGGUCGUUCUGCAUUUUGAUUACGACUGCUUCUAUGCUAGCGUCUUCGAGAACGAGAACCCGGCCCUCAAGUCCUUGCCGCUAGGCAUCAAGCAGAAGAGCAUCCUCGCCACGUGCAACUAUGUCGCCCGGGCACGUGGCGUCAAGAAGCUCAUGCUCAUCUCGGAUGCGCAGCAGAUCUGCCCCGACCUGGUCCUCAUGAACGGUGAAGACCUGACGCGCUUCCGCAAUGUCUCCAAGAAGCUCUGGACCUUCCUGCGCGCCCACUCAUGGAACAAUCGCGUUGAACGCCUCGGCCUGGACGAGGUCUUUAUGGACGUCACAGACAUCAUUGCCUACAACCAGGCCUUGGUGAACCCCCAUGCUCUCGAGCACUCCUUCUUUCAGCUCUCGGACAAGGAUCCGGAAAAGGGCUUCGCCUUCGAUGCCACCCAAUAUUUCGGCUGUGUCCAGCCUCCAGCAGAAACAGAUGGGGUGAAUGGUGUCACCAGCCACCUGGGAAUGCGCUUCAUCCUUGCGUCACAUCUGGCUGGCUAUCUCCGACGCUACAUUGAAGAUCAGUUUGGCUACACUUCUAGCGGGGGCAUCGCCGUUAAUAAGACCUUGGCCAAGCUUGCAGGCACUGUGAACAAGCCCAAGAACCAGACGACCCUAUUACCAUACAGUGAAGAUGACAUUCAAAGUUUCGUUGAUAAGCACAAGCUACGCAAGGUUCCGGGCAUAGGCUUCCGGACGGCACAGCUGAUUCAGGACCACUUGCUGUCGACGGACUCUUUUAAAAACAACAACUCCCAUGACCAGAGCAACGAUGCUCGGCUCACUGUUGCUGAUGUCCGGAAGCACAAUGGCAUGUCCAGGACCCUGCUACAUCAUAUACUUGAUAGACCCGGUGCCGAGAAAGCCGGCGCAGACAAGAUCUGGAACCUGCUCCAUGGCGUAGACACUUCCGAAGUAAAGGAAGCCAGCGACGUGCCUUCUCAGAUUAGCAUCGAGGACACCUACAUGUCCAAGCCUCUGAACUCGAUCGGGGAGAUCAUGCGCGAGCUGCGUUCUCUUGCAGCAUCACUGGUUCGACGGCUGCGCGUCGACUUGACUGAUGAAGACCCUGGCUCACCUGAUGCAGAUGAAGGUGUCAAGCUCAGGUGGAUAGCCCAUCCGAGGACGCUGCGGCUUUCAACCCGAUGCCGUCCCAAACUGGGCACUUUGGUGUCGGAAGCCGGCAACACAGAAAGCUUCAGUCGCAACACCCGCAGCCAGCCACUCCCAAGCAUCAUCUUCAACCUCGAGGAAGCAGUAGAGGCAAUAGCGGAACAGCUCGUCCAGGGGUCUUUGCUGCCCAUGUUCCGGCGCCUGAAUGCGGAGCGCCAGGGAUGGAACCUUGCGCUGAUCAACAUCUGUGUAACAAACAUGGUCCUGGCUGGCGGCACGGGUGAGGGAGCAGUCGGUGUGGGCAGAGACAUCUCGCACAUGUUCCGCACACAAAAAGACAAGCUGCGUGAGUUUACGGCGUACGAAGAGGACGGGGCCGGCCCAGAGUCGCCCAUGCGUGUGCCACCUGAUGCAUUGAUACAACAGGACGAAGCCAAUCCCGAAGAGGAGUCUUCCCCGGCCGACCAGCAAGGGCCGAAGACCUGGACGACUGGCCGUGACCAAGAUAUAGGCCACCAGAUUCUAGAAGCCGAACUCAGCGACGCUGUAUGGGAGGAAGACGAAGACGAGCCCGUAGCUCAGCAUGUCUGCGCGAUAUGCCAGCAUGCCGUCCCCCAGUUUGCCCUCGCAGCCCAUGAGAGGUUUCACUCGAUGGCAUGAUCGUCGAGGACCACCACUUUCUCUGUACACUUGAUACAAUUGCUACGAGUAUACACGGCCCAAUGUAGGGCGAUUUUAAAGAAUUCAAAACGUACCAUCCAAAAUCCAGUCAGGGUAGAGCCCUGUAUGUGAAUUGUUGGUCCUGUGUAUGAGAUACCAAAACCGGCCACAUGCGAGACCAACAUCGAGCCAACUAGACAAAAUUGAUGAUCAUGUCAUUAU